AUGUACACAGGAAUCAAUCAGAGUUGGAACUCUAAAAGAACAGCGAGUACCAACCGAUCAUUUAACUUCCCGUCCCAACAGAUAAGACCAUUUGUUCCACAGAAUUCUUACCCAAGGCAAGAGUUCUCAGCCCCUCAAUUUGAAGCUAGAGGAGAUCAUUCAUAUAAUUAUCAAAAUAGCCCGAACCCUUUGAAUAGUUUCAGAAGGCAAAGAGAAAACAGGAACUCAAGCAUGACUCAUGAUGUUCCUGGAAUCCUCAACUUUCCAGAAGUAGACUCAAAUCGAAGCCUUAGGAAACUUGUACUCGACCCAAGAGGAAAAGAAAGAGCUAGUAAUAAAAAUUUACAAAUGAGAUAUUUACACGAUAAACCAAAUCGACCGGUGAAUAGCACCAAUGAUCCUCUUGACUCCUUCUUCAGUAAAAUCAACGAAGACAAGAAGACUUCUUUCAGGCGUGAAAACAUAGCUUUGAUGGCUCGGCUCCAAAUUGCUGAAGAGAACAACAAGAAGCUGAAAAGAGAGCAACAGAUGCGGAAAGAGCAUGCUCUUCAGAAGAAGUUGGAAGAAAUGCGUAUAAAUGACACUCUGAGGCUCAACCUUAAGGAGCAAGCAGAAGCAGAGAGAAUCAGAAACCUUAAAAAUUUAGAAGCUGAAGAAGAAAGAAAACAUGCUGAGGAAGAGAUUAAAGCUCAAGGAGAACCUAGACAUGUCACAAUGAUGUUGAACAGGCUUGAGAGGGAAGCAGCUGAAAGACAAACAAAAAAUGAUCUUGAUAGGAUUGAUAAGGAUGAUUUAUUGAAAGACCUACCUUUGUAUAAUAACUCAAAUAAUGACACCAUAACCCCUGACCAGAUUAAUACUUCUGUUAAGAAGAAGACUAAGCCUCAUAGUAGCAGAGCAAUCAAGAGGAUAAAAGAGAAGAUUCUGAAGUCAGUCAAUAAGAAGGUAUCUCCUUUGGGCAAAUUCCGAGGAAUCGCUAAAGCAAUAGUUCAGUUAUUCUUCCUCAUGAAUUUUACAAAAUAAGUAUAAAUAAGGUCUCAAGAAGUUUGAUGGAGAAGAAUAUCUCAAUAGUUUAUUCUUCCAGCCUUGUGAUGGCCAAGAACUGGUUUAUUGAGAAAAUUCCUGUAUUUUUCAGGCAGAUUAUCAAUUAUGAAGGAUCACUCGACUUUACAGUUUCGAAUAAUGAUUACAUAAAUGAUAAAAUCUCACAGAAACGGUUUAAGAAGGCCCGGCCAAUUAUUUCAUACUUCUUCAAGAGGUUACUAAAAAUCACAACUAUCAAGGAGAUGCCUCAGCAGAUGAUUAAGUUCUUAGUAGACUUCUUCAAACAUGGUGCUCCUGUAGAUCCAACUUCCAUAACACUUUUUGAAAGAGAUAGGAUAUCUGUUGAUGAAUUUAAUACCUACUACGACAUGGACCAAAAAUCAAAGGAUUUUUUGAGGAUCUACUUCCUAUUCGGAAAAGCAUUAAUAUUCCUCACCAUGCUUGAUGAAGAUGCAUUCUCAAAUGUAAAGGUAAAAACUCUGAUUCUGGUUGACAAAUCAAAACUUUAAAAUCUCUAACAAUUUAGGUGAACACUAAAAACUUAAAGGUAAUAGCAGGAGUACUUUAUCACUGAAUGAUGGACUACCUGCUCAUUCUGGUGCCAUGCAAGAACGAAUAUGACCCUGAGGCCACUAAUUACGAGCCCAUCAGUUCUAAAGUGUUUCCAAGAGAAAAAUUUGCUCAUCUCACAACCCACCACACCAAAUUUUAUGAGAAGGAAUGUAUUGGAAAUAUUGAAAAAUGGGCCAAGCAGCUGCAGAAGGUUAUAGAACUCUCAGAGUCAAUUACCAAAUA